AUGAGUACCCAGUUGAUGAGCAAUGCCCACGAUACACAAAACAAGAAUUUUUCCGAUUUAAAAACAGAGUUAGAUAAAAUAUCAAAACAGUUAAAAAGUAAUAAAUCUAAUGCACCCAAAGUUGAUCAAAAUAUUAUGUCAUUUAUCAAUGAUAUGAAAAAGGAUAACGAUAGACUACAAAACGAGUUGAUUGAAGUCCAAUUGAAAUCAAUGUGUAACAAUCUUAUUUUCUAUAACAUUCUUGAAACUACAGAUGAAGACUGUCCUAAAACAAUCAACGCGUUUUGCCAUGAAAAACAUAAAAUCGAAAAUACUGUUAGAUUACAUAUUACAGAUGCAUACCGUUUGGGCAAAAAGGGUGAACAGACUAGACCUAUUCUUGUAAAAUUUGCUUCAUUUGAUAGUCGAGAUCUAGUGAAAAAAAGUGCUAAAAAUUUGAAAGAUUCGAAUUACGGAAUUUCGGAGCAGUUGCCAGUAGAGAUCCAAAAACGCAGGAAGGCUAAACUACCGACACUGAAGCGACUACGCGAUGAAAAUAUCAAAGCCUAUUUUGUGAGGGAUAAAAUUUACGUUGGAGGGAAAGAAUACGUUCCAUAG